AUGGCCUCGAGCGAAGCCGGUUACCCCAUGUCCGACAGGGCGGCAACCCCCACCGCCAGACGCUAUGCCCCGCCCAGCUCUUCGACCGGCGGCCGCCUGCGAGGUCCUCCCUCCGAGAUGACGGGCGCGCCGAGUGACGAUGAGGGCGACGGGUUCGCCGAUGACCAGGUCGUGCGCGGAUCGAAAAGGCCACAGGAUUCGGCCAACAUCCCCAAGGUCGAGGAUCGCAUUGGUCUUUUGAUCCAAGAACAGUUUGGAGAUUUCCUCGAAGGCUUCGUCGAAGAGCGCGAUCCCCAUGGAGCGCCGCCCUCGAGCGCCGUCACCACCGAUAAAUACUACGUUGCCCAGAUCCACGGCAUGCGAACAUACCAGCUCUCCACCCUCUACGUCGACUUUAGGCAUCUCGGCCAGUGGCAGAAUGGCUCUCUCUCCGACGCCGUCGCCACCAACUACUACCGUUUCCUUCCCUUCAUUACCGCAGCACUACACGGUGCUAUCGCCAAGCACGAACCCCAGUACUUCCGCGAACAUCGUCAGCCCACGGCCUCGAGCAACCAGACGAGCUCAGCUGCGAGCAAUGCCGCCUCGGCAAGCCAGUCCGAGCUCGGCAGCAAGACGAGCAACCAGCAGACCGAUAAGCUGUUCGCCAUUGCCUUCUACAACCUGCCCCUCGUCUCUCGUGUGCGCAGUCUGCGCGCCGCCAACAUUGGCCAGCUCCUCUCCAUCUCCGGCACCGUCACGCGCACCUCCGAGGUCAGGCCCGAGCUGUCCCUCGGUACCUUCCUCUGCCAGGCCUGCAGGACGGUCAUUCCCAACGUCGAGCAGACAUUUCGCUACACCGAGCCCACGCUGUGUCCCAACCAGACCUGUCAGAACCGCUUUGCAUGGCAGCUCGACAUCCGCCAGAGCACCUUUAUCGAUUGGCAAAAAGUGCGCAUCCAGGAGAACUCGUCCGAAAUCCCUACCGGCAGCAUGCCCCGAACCAUGGACGUCAUCAUGCGAGGAGAAAUUGUCGACCGCGCCAAGGCAGGCGAGAAGUGCAUCUUCACCGGUGCCCUGAUCGUCGUGCCUGAUGUCAGCCAGCUGAGCAUGCCUGGACAAAAGGCGUACUCGAUCCGCGACGACAAGAGCGCCGGCAACGGUAACGACGCUGGCGGCGCAGGCGUCUCCGGCCUCAAGUCUCUUGGUGUGCGCGAUCUCACAUACCGCCUUGCCUUCCUCGCAUGCAUGGUUCUGCCAGACAACAGUUCGUCCGGCCGGUCUGCCCACGCGCAGGUGUCGGACAUUAUGACGGCCCUGACCGACAACACACCCGAAUCUGCCAUUGAUGCAGAGGAGGCGCAGGCUACCGUGCUCGCGACAAUGACACAAGAGGAGAUCGCGCAGGUGCGUACCAUGGUUCACACAGAUCGCAUCUACUCGCGGCUCGUCAACUCCAUCGCGCCCAUGGUCUACGGUCACGAAGUCGUCAAGAAGGGUAUUCUGCUGCAGCUCUUGUCCGGUCUGCACAAGACGACGGCCGAGGGCAUGCAGCUUCGUGGUGACAUCAACGUCUGCAUUGUCGGUGACCCGUCGACGUCAAAGUCCCAGUUCCUGAAGUACGUCUGCUCCUUUGCGCCCCGCGCCGUCUACACCAGUGGCAAGGCCUCCUCCGCCGCCGGUCUCACGGCCGCCGUCAUGAAGGACGAGGAGACGGGCGAGUUCACCAUUGAAGCCGGUGCCCUCAUGCUUGCCGACAAUGGCAUCUGCGCCAUUGACGAGUUUGACAAGAUGGACAUUGCCGACCAGGUCGCCAUCCACGAAGCCAUGGAACAGCAGACCAUUUCCAUCGCGAAAGCCGGCAUCCAGGCGACCCUCAACGCGCGCACUUCGAUCCUCGCCGCCGCCAACCCCGUCAGCGGCCGCUACAACCGCAAGACGUCGCUGCGCGCCAACAUCAACAUGAGCGCGCCCAUCAUGUCGCGUUUCGACCUCUUCUUCGUCGUGCUCGACGAGUGCUCCGAGGCCGUCGACCGCCACCUCGCCGAGCACAUUGUCGCCAUCCACCAGCUGCGCGACGAGGCCGUCGAGCCCGAGUACGACACGGAGACGCUGCAGCGCUACAUCCGGCUCGCGCGCACGUUCCGCCCCGAGUUCACCGAAGAGGCGCGCGAGACGCUCGUCGAGAAAUACAAGGAACUCCGCGCCGACGACGCCCAGGGCGGCGUCGGCAAGAACAGCUACCGCAUCACGGUCCGCCAGCUCGAGAGCAUGAUCCGCCUGUCCGAGGCCAUCGCCAAGGCCAACUGCAGCAUCAUCUCGGUCGAGCACGACGACGUCGAGUUUCAGGACGACGACGACGAGGGCGUCGACGCGCCGCUCGAGGACGGCGCCACGCUGCGCCGCGCCGCGCGCGAGGCCACGGGCCAGCCGGCGGAUGACGAGGACGACGAGGGCGACGCCGCCAUGGGCGAGACCUCUGGCGAGCCGCAGAAGAAGAAGCAGACGAUCACGUACGAAAAGUACAUCAGCAUGGUCAACCUCUUUGUGCAGCGCGUCAACGACGACGAGGCCGGCGGCGCCGGCGAGGGCGUCGACGGCGAUGCCCUCACGCAGUGGUACCUCGAGCAGGCGGAGGACCAGAUGGACGGCGAGGACGACUACCACCGGGAGAAGGCGCUGGCGGCGCUCGUGCUGAAGAAGAUGGUCAAGGAGAACAUCCUCAUGGCCGUCCGGGGGUCCGGGCUUGCUGAAGACGGCGACGGUGCCGCGGCCUCGGGUGACGGGGCGGUCGUCUAUGUCCUGCAUCCCAACUGCGCCGUGGAGGAGUACUAA